UCCAGGGAAAUAUCUUAAGGGAGAGUGACACAAGAGAUCCUGAACCUCCAGCUCAGAGGGAUUCAAAAGCGUGUACACACACUAUGACCCCAGGGAGACAGCUCCAAGACAAAGGUAUGACAGAGAAAGAGCUCUGGUGGCUCCAGGUAAAGCUCUGGUCCACUGCUGUGACCUUCAUCUCAUUCCUCAGUGCCUGCUUCAUUCUGAGUUCUUUAGAGAAUUGGAGCUGCUGCCCAACCUUCUGGAGGCCAUUUCAAUCUAGCUGUUACUUUAUUUCUACUACAAUGCAAUCUUGGACUGAGAGUCAGAAAAACUGUUCCAUGAUGGAAGCUGAACUGACAGUGAUCAACACCAAGGAAGAACAGAAUUUCAUCAUCCAACAUCUGAAUAAAGAUUCUGCUUAUUACAUGGGGCUGACUGAUCCAGAGGGUCACAGGCAUUGGCAAUGGGUUGAUCAGACACCUUACAACAAAAGUGCCACAUUCUGGCACGCAGGGGAACCUAAUAAUCCUGAUGAGCGUUGUGUUAUAGUAAAUUUUCAUUACAGAACAGAAAAGUGGGGUUGGAAUGAUAUUCAUUGUCAUUUACCUCAGAAGGCAAUUUGUAAGAUGAUGAAGAUCUACUUAUGA